ACUCAUCGUUCGUAGAAAUCAGUCAUUCUCCAUCCAUGAAACCAGAAAAGAGGACAUCGUUACUAUUUGCUCUAUUAAAAAAGGGGUGAAGAUGAGUUUCUAGUCGGUAAACGACUUUGCACACGCAAGUGUGCCAUCACAUCAUAAUAACCAUGGGGGCCGAAAUGGCGUUCGAUAAAAGCGACGUCGCUAAGACGACUCAAAUACCUUAUAACAAUCCAAGCAUAUCUUUUGAUCGGAAAAAUACCAACAAUGUCUACCGAUCAAUAUCCGAAAAUCUGGGUAUGGAAGGCGGAGCCUGUAUCACCGGCUUCACCCGAUUCCCGUGCUUCACCCAUUGAAACUUCUACCUUUGACAUUGACAAUGAUUGGCUGAGCUUUGAUAGCAAUGAAAAUCUCGGCAACAAUGGGGAACAGGUUAUGUACGAGGAGGAAGCGGAGGAGGCAGACGAGCAAACAUCACGAGCGCAAGUGGCUGCUAAACUUUUAGAACAACUGGAAGAAUUUAUCAAAGAAGAACCCUCUGCUGACUGGCUUGAAGAGAAAACUGAUAUACCAAUAUUCGAAGAACUAUCACCUUUGGACUACGGGAUCAGCCAACCCAUUCUAUCAUCAGGUUCAAUAAAAUUGCAAACGCAGCUACAGCAACAGGAAACAACUCGAACUCUACUCCAAGAAUUUGAAAGUGUACUGGGUGAUGUAGAGGCCUGUUACCAAGCUCCUGUCACGGCAUUGACUCCACCACAGUCACCGCCUGCUAAAUUCUACGACACAACAAAUGCUAAAAUACUGAUAUCUCUAUCACCAGCAUUUCAAACUGAGGGCGUUUCUGUAGUAAAACCUGAGGAUCAAUUUCAAGAAAUUCCAUCCUUACCGAAUGUCGCACCUUUGUCGCAAUGGGGUGCCGAGAACAUCUCUCUUGAACCGCUGGGGGACGUCGCAAGCGAAUUGGCAGCAGUCGAUGAAAUAGUUCGCUCAUGUGCUAAGAAUAUAUCAUCAUCAAGUCUAUCCACUAGCUCUGACACGAGUUGUGUAUCUUUUGAGGAGGAUUCCAAUGACGAUCCAUUAUGGACACCCGAAGCUACACCUACUACCAUGUCAACACCUGUUGUGUCGAAGAAUCGUUAUCGCAAACCUUACUCCCGUCCAUCGUCAGACGAUAGGAAGGUCCGCAAAAAAGAGCAGAAUAAGAAUGCAGCAACUCGUUACAGACAGAAGAAAAAACAAGAAAUAAAAGAGAUCGUGGGGGAGGUACAGGAGCUGACUAAUUACAAUGAGAAACUGCAGGGCCAAGUUGGUGAUCUUCAGCGGGAAAUUCGUUGCCUCAAGGGGCUGAUGAGGGACCUAUUCAAAGCCAAGGGUCUCAUGAAAUAAUUUCUUCAAUCAGUCUCGUAUCCGAUCGUUGUCUUUUACAUACAACCACACACGCACACACACAAAC